CUUAGAUUGCUGCACCACUCUAGAGGCCCUAAAUUGACAGUUUUUUAUGGAGAUUUUUGAUUAGAUGCUAAAUAGAUUUCCGCGCGGGCGCGGACAUCGACCUUUUGAAGAAAACACAUUGUAGGCGGGGUUUAUGACUUUGUGGCUGGGGUAACUACUGACAACCUCCAGCUGCGUUUGCCGCUGCUGUGACUGUCCUGCCUGGCCGCCCGGUGUCUGAUACACUGCUCCCCUGCUCCUUCCCUGGAUCCAAAGCCCGCCUCGGCUACCGAACUCCCAGUGAAUGCACUAGUCAGCCACCAUGACAGGCAUCGCCGCCGCGUCUUUCUUCUCCAACUCCUGCAGGUUCGGGGGCUGUGGGCUCCAGUUCGAGUCUCUGGCCGAGCUCAUCGUCCACAUCGAGGACAAUCACAUCGACACAGAUCCUCGUGUUCUGGAGAAACAGGAGCAACAACAGCCCACUUACCUGGCCCUGAGCUACAUCAACAGGUUCAUGACGGAAGCAGCGCGUCGGGAGCAGGAGACCCUGAAGAAGCGGGCCACGCCCAAACUUUCCCUGUCAAUUACAGGGGGUGUGUCUCGAAACAGCGUGGCCACGCCUCCACGCCACAGCAACGGCAACCUGACUCCUCCUGUGACUCCACCCAUCACACCCUCCUCCUCCUUCCGUAGCAGCACACCCACAGGCAGUGAGUAUGAUGAUGAGGAGGUGGACUAUGAGGAGUCAGACAGUGAUGAGUCCUGGACCACGGAGAGUGCCAUCAGCUCGGAGUCUAUCCUCAGCUCCAUGUGUAUGAAUGGAGGGGAGGAGAAACCCUUCGCCUGCCCUGUGCCUGGCUGCAAGAAGAGAUACAAGAAUGUGAACGGUAUUAAAUACCAUGCCAAGAACGGCCACCGGACACAGAUCCGUGUGCGGAAGCCCUUCAAGUGCCGCUGUGGGAAGAGCUACAAGACGUCCCAGGGCCUGAGACACCACACCAUCAACUUCCACCCGCCCGUCUCCGCCGACAUCAUCCGCAAGAUGCAGGGCUAGA